AUGCCGCCUAUCGAAGAGCUAAAAUCACAAGCCGCCGACGGCAAUUUGACACGAAUCGCCGAGGGGAAGACAAAGGAGAUUUAUGGCAUCAAGGGCUCCGACGACCUCGUGCUCAUCAGAUCCAAGAAUCAGCUGACCGCCUUCAACGCUGCCCGAAAGGAUGAGCUGGAAGGGAAGGGAGCGAUUGCUUGCCGGACGACGACUAAUGUUUUUCAGUAUUUGCAAGCCUUGGGCAUGGAAACCCACUUCGUCGCCGGCAUCUCUGAGACCGAUUUUGUGGCCCGGCGCUGCGAGAUGAUCCCCAUCGAAUGGGUGGUGAGGAGGGUGGCCACUGGCUCGUUUUUGAAGAGGAAUCCCGGAGUGCCCCAGGGCUUUCGCUUCAACAACCUCAAGCUGGAGACGUUUUUCAAGGACGACGAAAACGACGACCCCCAGUAUUCUGAUGAGCAGAUUUUGACGUCCAAUUUCGUCGUGAACGGCCUGAAAAUCGGGCGUGAAGAAAUUGCGGUGCUGAAAAGGCAGACGAGCACGAUUUUCUUGGUAUUAGAAAAGGCCUGGGCCCUCUCCGACUGCCAGCUGAUCGACAUGAAGGUGGAAUUUGGAGUGGCCGCCGAUGGGAAGCUGGUGCUAGCUGAUGUUAUUGACAACGACGCGUGGCGCGUGUGGCCGGGUGGUGACAAGCGUCUGCAACUCGACAAACAGUUUUACAGAGACAUGACGGAGGUGACAUCAGAAGCUCUACAAGCCCUCGUUAAAAAUUACCAAAAAGUGGCGGAGCUGUCCGGGGACUGGGUGAGGGAGAAGCGGUGUCGUGCCCUCGUCAUCAUGGGGUCGGCUGCGGAUCGCGGAUUUUGCGAGAAAAUUGCGGAGAACCUGAAAAAGCUUGCCGUCACACCCGUCCUUCGCGUCUGCUCAGCGCACAAGGCCACCUCCGAGGUGCUCGAUCUUGUCGGCGAGUACGAGGGUGACGGUGUGCCCACCGUCGUCAUCGCCGUGGCGGGACGCUCAAACGGUUUGGGGCCGGUCAUUGCUGGAAAUUCGACGUUGCCGGUCAUAAAUGCACCGCCGGGAGGCCCAGAAUGGAUUGGACAGGACAUUUGGUCAUCUCUGCAUACUCCUUCAGGACUCGGCUGUACCACUGCCCUUGGCGCCGAUGAGGCCGCGCUAGCUGCCGCCAAAAUUCUGGCCCCACAUGACCACAUGGUGUACGGGACUGUACUCUGCACGCAGCUGCGCAAUUUCUGCACAAUUUAUAAAGGCGACAAGCAGCUGCUCGAG